AUGAAAACCAAACUGGAGAACUAUAAGUUUAAGUGUUAUUAUGACCAUUGCGAGAAAUCUUACUUAACGAAGUAUCAUCUUCGAAGGCAUAUCAAUUCUGCCCAUCUAAAUAUAAAAACUUUUACAUGUCCGGGCUGCUCGAAGUCUUUUUCAAGCAAACAAAAUUUCAAGGAGCACAUGCAAUUGCAGUGCGGGCACAAGACAUCUAUAGGAGAAAAAGAAGUCAAAGUAGAGGCUGAGUUGGCCAUUCUAAACAAGCUCCCUCUGAUGGGCAGACUCAGUCAAAUUUUCUCUCAAGGAGAAACAAUGAGUUUUUCUAAGGCAAAGAACAACAGCAACAGGCCUAUGCCAGUGCUCCCACCAGUAGAUGGUGACAGGCAAAGCGUGUGGGGUAAUACAAAGAUCCCCAUUCUUCCAAUCCUACUUAAUUAG